GCGCCUCGCGGUCGCGGAUCCUCAUCCAUCCAGCACCGCCUGCCCUCGUCGCCUGGCGGUGGCGCCACGCGCACACCCAAGACCACUCUCGACACGGCGCCCAUCCCUUCCCUCGAUUCGACUGAGCCCCACGCCCCCCACCGACCGCGCCAUCCUCACCACACCCAACCACGCCGCGCCGCAGCUCCGGCGAGUCCAAAUCAAAUCGAUCGCCGGAUCCCCCCUCCCUCCCCACCACCAUGGAGCUGGCGACGCGCGAUCUCGCGGCGCUGGGCGCGGGGGACCUGGUGCGGGCCUCCGCCGCGAUCCCGCGCGCCGCGCCGCGCACCUUCGCGCUGCUCACGGCCUGCCUCGUCUUCCCGCUCUCCUUCGCCGUGCUCGCGCACUCCCUCUUCACCCACCCCAUCCUCCGCCGCAUCCGGACCUCCGACUACACCGCCACCUCCGCCCAGUGGGUCGCCCUCUUCGCCUACCAGUUCCUCUACCUCAUCUUCCUCUUCACCUUCUCGCUCCUCUCCACCGCCGCCGCCGUCUUCACCGUCGCCUCCCUCUACGCCGCCAAGCCGGCCUCCAUCUCCUCAUCCCUCUCCGCGCUGCCGCCCAUCCUGCCCCGCCUCCUCCGCACCUUCCUCUGGGUCUCGCUCCUCAUGCUCGCCUACCACGUCGGCUUCGUCCUCACCGUCGUCCUCCUCAUCGUCCUCAUCGGCCCGCCCGUCACCGCCUCCACCCCGCCUCCGCUCUCCUUGCUCCUCGCCCUCCUCGCCGUCGCAUUCCUCUUCCUCGCCAUCCACGUCUACAUCUCCGCGCUCUGGCACCUCGCCAGCGUCAUCUCCGUGCUCGAGCCGGUAUGCGGCCUCGCCGCCAUGUCCAAGAGCAGGCAGCUCCUUCAGGGCCGCACCCGCACGGCCUCCGUCCUCGUUUUCUCCUACUUCGCCGUCUGCGGCCUCAUCACGGCGCUCUUCCGUUCAGCUGUCGUCAAGGGGCAAGGCGAGGAGGGGAGCCUCGACAUGAGCUUGGCCGGGAGAAUACUUAUCGGCGCUCUGCUGGUCUCUGUCCUCGUCUGCGUCAAUCUGCUGGGACUGCUCGUCCAGAGCGUCUUCUACUACGCCUGCAAGGCCUACCACAACCAGCAGAUCGACAGGACCGCGCUCUACGAGCACCUCGGGGGCUACCUUGGCGAGUACGUGCCGCUCAAGAGCAAUAUCCAGAUGGAGAACCUGUGAGACUCGUAAGCUGCUCACUUGCCUGCUCCUUACUACUAGCUGUGCUGUUGGAUCCUGCUCUAAACAAGAGCAUGGCGUUGCUAGGAUUUGUUUAGUUUUCUUGUUUCUAGUUUGUUGUGCUUGUCUGUUGUAAUCUGUGAUUAAUAAUGCGCUGUAUGGACUGAUCUGUGGUAUCAAACAGAGAUGCAUAAAGAAAGUUCUCAUUCUGCUGCAAAA